AUGGCCGAUUCAACUGAUGCAUUGUCUUCGCCGACAGCUACUGCCACCAAGGGUACAAAACGUGAAGCUGAACUGGAUGAUGUAAGUCCAAGUAAAUUGAAAGCAUUAAAAGCAACAAAUGGUACUAAUGGUGAAGCACCUACGGUAGUUGAUGAUGAUUCAUCGAAUCUUAAAAAUGGUGAUUAUCAUGAUGAGGAAGAUGAUGAUGAUGAUGUAGCUGGUGAAGAUCGAGAAGGAGGUGAUUAUGAUGACGAAGAUGGUUCAGAUGAUGAUUAUGAUGAAGAAGAUGAUGGAGAAAAUGGUGAAGAUGAUGAAGGGGAUUCAAAAGCAUCUGCUGAUAAACCAAAUUCUCGAAAAGCAGCAGCAGCAGCUGGUGCAUCGGCUGAUAGUGGUGCCGAUGAAAGUGGUGACGAAGAAGAUGAUGAUGAACAAGAAUAA